GGGGGCAGCUCCAGACCGACCCGGAGGACCAGCACUGUCCGCCCGCCGCGUUUCCGGCGAGUCCGCGGGGGUCCGCGCGUGCGCAGAGCGUCCCCCGGGGGAAGAACCUUUCGAUCGCCCCGCGCCCGCGCGCGCGCCCGGGAAGCCAAAGUCCGCGGUGGGCUCGGCGCGGCGGCGCGCGCCAGGGGGCGUUCCCGCGCGGCCGGCCCCGCCUUCUCUCGGCGCCGAGCUAUCCUCCCAGUCUCCCCCGCGGUUCCUGCACUGAGGUUGUCGCCGGCGCGUCCCCUAUCCCGCGGCUCGCUCGCCCUGCCGGUGCCAUGGCGGCCUUCAGCAAGUACUUGACGGCGCGGAACUCCUCGCUGGCGGGGGCCGCGUUCCUGCUGCUCUGCCUACUCCACAAGCGGCGUCGCGCCCUCGGCCUGCACGGUAAGAAAAGUGGAAAACCGCCAUUACAGAAUAAUGAGAAAGAAGGAAAGAAAGAGCGAGCUGUGGUGGACAAGGUGUUUUUAUCAAGGCUCUCACAGAUCCUAAAAAUUAUGGUCCCUAGAACAUUUUGCAAAGAGACAGGCUAUUUGAUACUUAUUGCUGUUAUGCUGGUAUCGCGAACAUACUGUGAUGUUUGGAUGAUUCAAAAUGGGACACUGAUUGAAAGUGGCAUCAUUGGCCGUAGCAGUAAAGAUUUCAAGAAAUACUUAUUCAACUUCAUCGCUGCCAUGCCUCUUAUCUCUCUGGUUAAUAACUUCUUGAAGUAUGGGUUAAAUGAGCUCAAACUGUGCUUCCGAGUCAGGCUCACUAGACACCUCUAUGAGGAGUAUCUCCAAGCUUUCACCUAUUAUAAAAUGGGCAACCUGGAUAACAGAAUAGCAAAUCCAGACCAGCUGCUGACACAGGAUGUAGAAAAAUUUUGUAACAGUGUAGUUGAUCUGUAUUCAAAUCUUAGUAAGCCAUUUUUAGACAUAGUUUUAUACAUUUUCAAGUUAACAAGUGCAAUUGGAGCUCAGGGCCCCGCAAGCAUGAUGGCCUACUUGCUUGUUUCUGGGCUGUUCCUAACUCGACUCAGAAGACCCAUCGGUAAGAUGACAAUUAUGGAGCAGAAGUACGAAGGAGAAUACAGAUACGUUAAUUCACGGCUUAUCACUAAUAGUGAAGAAAUUGCCUUUUACAAUGGGAAUAAACGAGAAAAGCAGACAAUCCACUCAGUCUUCCGAAAACUGGUGGAACACCUACAUAAUUUCAUUUUCUUCCGGUUUUCCAUGGGUUUCAUUGAUAGCAUCAUUGCCAAAUAUGUUGCCACAGUAGUCGGGUACCUGGUCGUCAGUCGUCCGUUCCUCGACCUGGCGCACCCUCGCCAUCUUCACAGCUCGCAUUCAGAGCUGCUGGAGGAUUACUACCAAAGUGGAAGAAUGCUUUUGAGAAUGUCUCAAGCUUUGGGUCGUAUAGUUUUGGCUGGGCGUGAAAUGACUAGAUUGGCUGGUUUUACGGCCCGGAUUACAGAAUUAAUGCAAGUACUAAAGGAUUUAAAUCAUGGAAAAUAUGAACGUACAAUGGUGUCACAACAAGAGAAGGGUAUUGAAGGAGCACAAGCCAGUCCCUUGAUCCCUGGUGCUGGAGAAAUCAUCAAUGCAGACAACAUUAUAAAGUUUGAUCAUGUUCCUUUAGCAACACCAAAUGGAGAUACCUUGAUCCAAGACCUUAGUUUUGAAGUUCGAUCUGGGGCCAACGUUCUCAUUUGUGGUCCAAACGGCUGUGGGAAGAGCUCCCUCUUCCGGGUUCUUGGUGAACUGUGGCCUCUUUUUGGAGGACGUCUCACUAAACCUGAGAGAGGAAAGUUAUUUUAUGUUCCUCAGCGACCCUAUAUGACCCUGGGAACACUGAGAGACCAGGUAAUCUAUCCAGAUGGAAAGGAAGAUCAGAAGAAGAAGGGCAUCUCUGACCAAGUGCUGAAGGAGUACUUGGACAAUGUGCAGUUGGGCCACAUCCUUGAGCGAGAAGGCGGCUGGGACAGUGUUCAGGACUGGAUGGAUGUACUCAGCGGAGGAGAGAAACAAAGAAUGGCGAUGGCAAGAUUGUUUUAUCAUAAACCGCAGUUUGCCAUCUUGGAUGAAUGCACAAGUGCAGUUAGUGUGGAUGUGGAGGACUACAUCUACAGUCACUGUCGGAAGGUUGGCAUCACCCUCUUUACUGUCUCACACAGAAAAUCCCUCUGGAAACACCACGAGUACUACCUGCAUAUGGAUGGUAGAGGCAAUUAUGAAUUCAAAAAGAUCACAGAAGAUACGGUUGAGUUCGGAUCAUAGAGACCAUCUCAAGAACUUCAUCUGCUUCAGAACAAGAUAAUGAAUGGAAUGCAUUUGUAAAUGCAACAUGUAUUGUAAAAUAAAGUUAAGCUUGUUUUUUUUAAAAAAACAAAGCAACAAAUUGACUAGAUAUAGGAUAAUUGAAACAUGUUAAAACAUUUAAUAUUGUAUAGGAUAUUGCUAAUUGUGUAUAUGUUGGUUUAAUUAUUAAUUAUGUACUAAGAAUGUCCUUAUUCUUGUGGUUAAAAAACCUGCCUGAAUUAAAUUGGGCUUAAAUCAGAGUAACCUGAUUCAUCCUGGGAUGUAAACCAUUUGAAGUCAGCUAAUUUGACUUUUAUGGCUCUGUCUCUUUCUUUAAUGAAGAACCCUAUUUAAAACUGGGGUCAUUGGCUGUUCUGUUCUAACAAAGUAGUCUUGAGUUUCAUUUCUUGUGCCCCAUGGUAGUGGGAGCCAAGCCAAUCACAAUGUUUUAUUGAAACCGAUUCUAUCGUUACAGGAUAGCAUUUAUUACGCAGUGGCAGAUUUCUGUAGCUGCUACAUUUAUUCUCAUUCCUCACACAUGCCUUGAGGUGCAUUGGACUCCAGGAGAGCCAUUUGGGUUUUCUUUAGCUAAACAGUAAAUGUACCUGUCUCAGUCUGUUGGACUGAGUCGUAUUGGAGGUUUUCGUGGUGUACAACAGUGUGUAUGCAGUCGUGCUUACACCUGUGGUUACUACACGCUGUGCCAGUCUUACCAGUAUUUGGGAUGUUCAGACACAACCCUCCUACGUGAAGCUGAGGAUUUAGGAGGAUUUUGGAUUUUGUGUAGAGGUGGACAGCCUCACCAGACGUGGCUGUGUGAUGGUGAGCACCACAUGGCUGUAGAGGCACUCCGUGAAGUACUGCACUGAGCACGUGACAUGCUGCUGUCUGUGGCUGUGGUCCCAGUCUGUAACAGUGCUGAGAGGUGUCAGCCACAGUUCCUAGGCUCUGUCUCCGUGGCUGUGGUCCCAGUCUGUAACAGUGCUGAGAGGUAUCAGCCACAGUUCCUAGGCUCUGUCUGUCUCUGAGUCCUGUACAGCUGCCUUGGGAUCAGCGCUGGCUCCCCAGAACCGUUAGUCACUAACUUGUUUGCACAAAGGAGGACUGAGAGUGGACGUGAUCAUAAAUAGUCGUGAAAUCAGUUUGAUAAAGUGGGCUCUGAAAGGCGCGUUUGAUGGUCUUGUUUCUUCAUAACUCAAUCACUGGCUACCAAGAUAACCCUGAUGUAUUGAUUCCAUAAAUGCAUCACAUUCAGUUUUACCAUGUCUCCUUAGCAAACUUGUACACUUAUUUUCUGUUCAGAUUAAAAAAAAAAAAUGAUAACCUACACAACCUGUG